AUGCUAUUUGGUAAGACCAUUAAACUCGGUUUGGCUACCUUGAUGGCAGUCAAUGCUGCUGCGCAGGAAGAGGCUACAGCUCCAGAAGAUUCUGCUGUUAUUAAGUUGACAUCUGAAACUUUCGAAGAUUUCAUCAAGGAGCACCCAUUAGUUUUGGCUGAAUUUUAUGCACCAUGGUGUGGCCACUGUAAGCACCUAGCUCCAGAGUACGUAAAGGCAGCCGACGAGUUGGAAGACAAAGAUAUUCCUUUGGCUCAAAUUGACUGUACUGAAAACCAACAGCUAUGUCAAGAACAAGGGAUCCCAGGUUACCCAUCUUUGAAGGUAUUCAGAAAUGGUAACUCAAAGCCUGCUGGAGAAUAUCAAGGUCCUAGAGAAGCCAAGGCUAUUGUCAACUAUAUGUUGAAGCAAUCCGAACCUGCUGUGCGAGUUAUCGAAGAUGAAAAGGAAUUCAAGGAAUUGGUUGUUAAGAACUUGGACAAUGUUUUGGUUGUUGAUGGCAACGUUCCAAAGUUCAACGAAACUUUCUAUCAAAUUGCUGACAACUUGAGAGAUGAUUAUUCUUUCAUCCAACAUGGUUCCGAUGGUAAAUUGCGUGUCUAUUUGCCAAAAGAAACUGAACCAAUCGUCUAUGAUGGUGAUAAAUACGAUGCUGAAGCUGUUUCCUCUUGGAUUGCUGUCGAAGCAUUCCCAUACUUCGGUGAUGUUAACGGUGAAACUUACCAAGCAUACAUGGCCGCUAAGAUCCCAUUGGCAUACUUCUUCUACACCACUCCAGAAGAACGUGAAGAGUACGAACCACACUUUGUUGCUCUUGCCAAGAAGUACAGAGGUAAGGUGAACUUUGCCGGUUUGGACGCUUCUAAGUUUGGUAGACAUGCUGAAAACUUGAACCAUAAGCAACAAUUCCCAUUGUUUGCUAUCCAUGAUACCGUUAAGGAUUUGAAGUACGGUUUGCCACAACUUUCUGAUGAAGACUUUGCUGCUUUGGAAAAACCUUUGAAAUUGGCCACCAAGGACAUUGAGAAGUUCGUUAAAGAUUUCUUGGACGAAGCCGUGGACCCAAUUGUAAAGAGUGAAGAAAUCCCAGAAAAGCAAGAACAAUACACCUUUAAGAUUGUUGGUAAGAACCACGAUGAAAUCGUUCGUGACCCAAAGAAGGAUGUUCUAGUCAAGUACUAUGCUCCAUGGUGUGGUCACUGUAAGAGAUUGGCUCCAAUCUAUGAGAACAUGGCAGAAUUCGUUCACGAAGCUGAAGAGUUGAAGGACAAGGUUUUGAUUGCUAACAUCGACGCCACUGCCAACGAUGUCCAAAACGUCGAAAUCCCAGGUUUCCCAGCUAUCUACUUGUGGCCAGCUGGUGAAAAGUCGGAGCCAAUUCCAUUUGAAGGUCCAAGAACUAUCGAGGCCUUCUUAACAUUCAUCAAAGAAAACGGUACACAUGGUGUUGACGGUGUAAGCCUCUACGAAGAGUAUGUUAUUGCUCUUGAAAAGAAGAAGCAGGAAGAGGAAGCAGCUGACGAAGCUGACGACGAAGAUGAACUAGAUCAAGAUGAAUUGUAG